AUGGUGACAACAAGAACCAAGCCAACACCCCCGCCCGCACCUAAGCUUUCCAAAGCUGCAAAGGCUGCCAAGGCAAAAGCUGCAAAGGAAGCGAAGCAGGCAGAGAAGGCUGCGAAGGACGCAGAGAAAGCUGCGAAAGCAGAAGCGAAGGCUGCAAAGAUCGCAGCAAGAGCUGCUGCAAAGGCCGCCAAAGAUGAAGCCAAGGCCGCGAAGCCUGCAAAGGUUCCGAAGACUAUCAAAAAGCCCGCGAAGCGCGCGAAAGCCUCGGAGUCGGGCUCGGAUUCUGGCGAUGACCGUGAGCCAUCGCCUAAAAGACACAAGACGACUUUUCACGAAGCUCGUAGUUUUCCUAUUUUCACGGACGUGCCACCUCCGCCGAUAUCAAAACCUCAAGUUGAAAUAGGGGAAUGGGAUUACUCCAAGCAACUCCCUGUCCCCAAAAGGAUCGUAGAAGGUGUCAAAUUUGAUCUGCCAAAAAUAUAUGUUGGAGGCUCUGCCCCGUGGCCACGCUGGGUGGUCACUCGAGACGAAACCAUACCAAAGCCUGGCCUACCCCAAGCCGCAAUCAACCUUUACACAGGGGUCCAAUGGAGACUUGACGAAGGGCAUUUCACAUAUUGGGGCGGGCUAGAUUAUAGAGCUCUUUUCGAACUUGCCUGGGCAUGCCUCGAGUGCAUGAUGGCCGACUCAGCACUCCGAAGUGAAAUAUACGCUUCCCUAGCCGAGGGUCCAUUGUCCAAGGCCGUGGCCUCGGGGAAAAGAUGGCAUCCGACUCUGCCAAGCCAACCUGUCACAAGACACUUUGGGCCUGGGAACAUCGAGAAGCUCAAGUUGAGGUCCAAUAACAAUAUGGCUUACUAUUACGAUGCUUAUGAGCGUCCGCCUGUUGCUGUCCGCCCAGCUGGUGGUGUUCAACGGGGAUUCGAGCACGUUAUCUCCAACAAACUUUACAACCUGCCUAGGAGAAAAUGGCCGACAGCCCCGCGCUCUCCAAGUCCCGAGUUGGAGGGUCAAUCUGAUAGCGACAGAGGGGACAGUGAGGAUAGCGAGGAAAGCAGUGAAGAAGAGAGUGAUUCAGACAGCCCCAGGCGGCCAUCUCUAGCUGUGGAACAGUUAUCUGGGAUUGUGUUGUCUCAAAGGCAAAAGGAACCGGCAGGUCCUCUUCCUCUUGGAAAUGACGAAGCGUUUGCGCAAGCCAAAAAAUCCUCGGUGAUUGAUUCUAGCGUUGGUGAUGACUCCGGUGAUAUCUCUCAGCUUGAAGACAAUGCAGCCCACGAUUUUCGAGAACAAUCACCUGAUGAUCUUCGCUCCAGUUUCGGCUCCGGCAGCGAGGUCAGCGAAUUACCCCGGUCCAGCAAGGCUGAAGCCGCUGACAGUGACAGCGCCUAA